AUGUUCGCUCAACUUUUCCGUUCGACGACUCUCCGAGCCACCCCGGUCGCCUCUGUAAAGGCAAGCCUUCCCCAGGUGCGGUCCAUGGCCACCGUUGACCGCCGACGCUUUGAACCGGCUACCUUUACGAUCCGAAAUGGCCCUGUCUUCCACGGCAAGUCCUUUGGAGCUAACUCAAACAUCUCCGGUGAAGCCGUUUUCACCACUUCCUUGGUCGGAUACCCCGAGUCUCUGACUGACCCUUCUUACCGCGGCCAAAUUUUGGUCUUCACACAACCUUUGAUCGGUAACUAUGGUGUGCCAUCAGCCGAAAAAGACACCAAUGGCUUGUUGAAGUACUUUGAGUCUCCCAACUUGCAGGCUGCAGGUGUUGUCGUUGCCGAUGUUGCUGAGCAGUACAGUCACUGGACUGCUGUUGAGAGCCUGGGAGAAUGGUGUGCUCGCGAGGGUGUCCCUGCCAUCUCAGGAGUUGACACCCGUGCUAUUGUGACAUUCUUGCGUGAGCAGGGUUCUUCUCUUGCUCGUAUCACUGUUGGCGAAGAGUACGAUGCAGAUGAGGACGAGGCUUUUGUCGACCCUGAACAGAUCAACCUGGUCCGUCAGGUCAGCACCAAGGCUCCCUUCCACGUCAGUGCUGCCAACCCUGAAUGUCACGUUGCCUUGAUCGAUUGUGGUGUCAAGGAGAACAUUCUCCGCAGCCUCGUUGGCCGUGGUGCGAGUGUCACUGUCUUCCCAUUCGACUACCCCAUCCACAAGGUGGCUCAUCACUUUGAUGGCGUCUUCAUCUCCAACGGACCUGGUGACCCAACUCACUGCCAGGAGACUGUCCACCAUCUGCGAAAGCUGAUUGAGACUUCUCAAAUACCUAUUAUGGGAAUUUGCAUGGGACAUCAAUUGCUUGCUCUUGCUGCCGGCGCCCGUACCGUCAAACUCAAGUAUGGUAACCGUGCUCACAACAUUCCGGCGCUUGACCUUACCACUGGUCGCUGCCACAUCACCAGUCAGAACCACGGUUAUGCUGUGGAUGCCGAUACUUUGCCCAGCGACUGGAAGCCUUACUUUGUCAACCUCAACGAUUCCAGCAACGAGGGUAUGAUUCACAAAUCUCGCCCAAUUUUCAGCGCCCAGUUCCACCCUGAAGCCAAGGGUGGCCCAUUGGACUCUUCCUAUUUGUUUGACAUCUAUCUUGACAGUGUGAACAAGUACAAGCAGAGCCAAAGCGUUUUCCAGCCCACCCGGGAAAGCCGCCCCAGUCCCUUGUUGGUCGAUCUGUUGCCCAAGGAACGUGUUGGUGUUGCGCCUACCACGGGUGCAUUGAACGUCGCUCGCACUCCAGCUGCACCUGCACCUGUUUCACAGCAUGCUCCUGCCGCUGCUGUUGCUGCUGCUUAG